AUGGAAACUGAACACACAAUUGCGGCUGGUAGUACCAGGCUCCCAAUCGAGAUCAUUUUGUUGAUAGUUGAGAAUCUGGUCUCUCAGGAUGAUGCUGUACGACCAAUCCUCCCCGCAUCACACCCCAUUACGAAAACGCUCGUGUCUUUGACGAGGGUGUGCAAAGCGGUACAUCCCACUGCUAGCAAACUCAUCUGGCAAAACUGUCUCUACAUUGAUAGAAAGUCAAAACUACGCAGGUUCAGACGAUACAUCUCGCAGAAGAGCCCAAUCACCGGGCGGUCACCAUGUGAAGCCUAUGGCUCAGCGAGACUGUAUCUCAACCCAUUGCAUUACAAGUUUGACACUGCUUCCACCUAUGAGGAUGUUGCUCCGACUGUUCAUCGUGGUAAGAAGAAGCCUGGUCGUCUGAGUGACGGCUCAGACAGUGACAUGGCAAGUGACCAGGCCGAAUGGACCGAUGAGGGAUCACAAACUGGCAGCCGUCGCGCACCUCGUUCAAGAUCCCCUGUGGAUGAUGGAUAUUCUGAAUACUCAACGCACAAUUGGAGAGACGCGCCAAUGCAGGAUCCUCGAACGAUUCACCUUCUCAAAGAUGUUCUCAUCACUCUUGCACCAGUCCUCAAGGCCAUCAUCGUGGAUAUGCCCUUGAGAGACUUAGGUCCUACACAAAACAAAGACAUCUUGGAGCCCCUUAGACAGGGAUUCGAGGCUCUGGUUAACAUCGAAGAACUUGUCAGCGUUAAAGACGAAUUAUACGUUGACACGGAGGCUGACAUUAUACAACCUCAUGUCUUUGGGAAAUGGCCGAAACUGCGACGUUUAUGUCUGUACAACGUCGGGGUUGCGGAUACAUUCUUCGAGGAUAUGGCCUCGUGUCCACAAUUAGAGUCCGUUGUUUUCGUACGACCUGAUCUCGCCGAUGAUGUAAAAGGAGAAUGGGCAAGAGCAUGGGCCAAAUUCAAUCCCCAGGACACGAAAGAUGACGGUCCAGCGUAUAAAGGGCCCAAAAUCUCAAUGGCUUUCUGUGACUGGCCGCCCUACCUAUAUGACUUCAGCAGCAUGAUACCUCACUGGCAAGAAGUUGACCCCGGCAACAAAAUCACUGUUUCGACUAUGGCUACGCAUAAAAGAUAUGAUAGAAGAUCAAGGAGAAGGGGUCCUAUUGCCUCAUGCCAGGAUUGGAUUAGGGAUCACGCUUUGAGGGAUACGCUGUGGAGUGAAGUUGAGGCCAAGAGCCAGCCUGUGACUCCGCCAAUGAUGUUUGAGGAGGGCCAGGUGGAAGAAGACGAUGACGAAUGGGUUGAUGACGACGAUGGCGCGGACUGGAGUGACGAUGACGACGAUUUAUGGUGA